AUUUAUUUCAAAAAUGAACCCAGACAACCCAUACUCCUCUUCGACUCUUCAAAUCCCUCCACCCUCCUCCACAUACCAUAUAACCAUUGAUCGACCCCUUUUUCCAAACUCCCCAAUCCCUCAAUCCCCCUUCCCAAACCUUUCUCCAAAUAAAAAUCCUCAUCCAAGUAACUGCAGACCUCAGACAUCCAAAAAUCAUGUCUUCAGGAGGAAGUUGAGUGGAAUAAGGCAAGAGAGAAGUGAAGGAACAAAGAGAAGUAAGAAAACGAAGAAGGUAGUUACGAAGAGAAAGGAAAGUCAUAGAAAUUAUCAUAUUUAUGAACGUUUGUACCCAUUUAACUCAAAAACUGGACUUUUGAAAAAGUAAGCUUGGGAAAUAUUUACUAACUGUGAUACAGUAAAAGGCGGAAAG